GCUCCCCUCUUCACUUCUAUUCGCGCGUUGUGUAGAUCACGGCCCGAAGAAAGACAAAAGACCCCUCCUUUUUAAUACACACAUCUCUCCCAUCAAACAUGAAGCCCUCACUUUUGUUCCUGGGCGCAGGCCCCGCCCUCGCCUUCCGCGAAUCCAAGGUCAUCUCCUCGAGCUCCGGCGAGAUCUGCAUCUCCUCCCAGCUCCUCGCCGCCUCCUCCAACAACGGGCCCAUCUGCCGCAACAAGGAAGAUCUCCUCGGCGGCCGCGCCGACCAGUUCCCCUUCACCGCGGGCACCUCCUCCGCCUCCUCCUCAUCAGAUUCCGUAUGGACGCACACAUCUCCGUGCUUCAAAAAUGGCACAGAGUCCCCCGAAUUCUGCAUCUACCACGCGGGCAACUACGGCGGCAAAGGGAUAUCCAUCAUCACGGACGCCGACCGCGCCGCCCACAUCACCCGCAGCUGGGGCUUCACCAGGCCCGAGGAGCUCGAGGGCACGAACCAGCCGCUGCCCAAGUUCGAGGUGGCCAAGGUGCCCGGCAAGGACUACGGUCUGGUCGCCUCGCUGCCGAUCAAGCGCGGCGAGAUCAUCUUGCGCGAGACGGCGAGCUUGUUGAUUGAUUAUGCGGCGUUUAGCCAUAUUCCACCGGACGAGAUGAAGAAGAUGCAGGCGCACGCUGUGGAUUUCUUGCAGUUUAAGCACCGUAGUCAAUGGCUCAACAUGUCGAGCCACGGCUACCACGGCGAUCAUCUGUCCAUGGUGGACAAGAUUCUCGUGACGAACUCGUUUGAUGUCGAGAUGGACGAUGCGAAGCGCGACGAUGACUUCUACGCCGUCUUUGUGAACACAUCCCGCAUGAACCACGACUGCCGCCCCAACGUAGACUACUGGUUCGACCCGCGCACCCUCACCCAACGCACCGUCGCCAUCCGCGACAUUAUCCCCGGCGAGGAACUCACCCUCUCCUACAUCGACCCCAUGCAAACCCGCGCCGCCCGCCGCGAGCGCCUCCACUCCACCUGGGGCUUCCACUGCUCCUGCCACCACUGCAUGCAACACCGCCUCAAGACGGACGAGUCGGACCGCCGCGUCGAGCAGAUUGCUUCGUUGCGCGAGGAGUUCAACGACUACACGCCCGCCUCGCGGGCGACGCCGCAGAUGGCCGAGCUGUUGAUUUCCUUGUAUGAGCAGGAGCACAACUGGAGUCUGUUGACGGAGGCGUACACCCUUGCGGCGAUUGAGUACAACGGUAUCGGGGAGCCGUGGCUGGCGACAAAGUAUGCGCGGAUGGCGGUCGAGUAUGGGCUGACUACGCUGUGGGAGGGCCAUGGGGAUGUGAUUGAGAUGACGAAGCUUGCGGAGGAUCCGUGGAGCCAUUGGAGUUGGAUGUUGAGGACGCGCAAGAGGUAUAGCUGGGGACCCGGACCCAAGAUUGAUUUGGACUUGGACGAUGAUGAUGAGUGAGAUGGGGGCUAUCAGUGGUGAGUGUGGCACACGCACCAAAGACUCGUUUCCACUGUAGAUGUGUACGCAUGAGAUGAUUAUAUCUGGUUCCAUGGGAUUUUUGGAAAUGGCGUCUGGGAUAUGGCGUUGGGGAUUGGGAGAACUACUCUUUUUAGCAUCAAAAAGAUGAAAUCAAAUGAUAUCAAACU